AUGGCAUCCUCAUCGCCUGUAGCUAAUAAUAGACUUAAUGAGAACUUCCAAGCUGUGUUUAGUGUUCAGGAGCUCAUUAAAGAGCCUACCAUCUCUGUCCCACAAAGCUAUGUUCAGUCUGAUCAACAAUCCCUCCAUUCUGCUUCCUCUCCAAUAACACUACCCAUUAUUGACUUCAAACUGUUGCUUUCCACUGAUUCAGAACUUGGAAAACUCCACUCUACAUGCAAAGAAUGGGGAAUCUUCCAGUUGGUGAACCAUGGAGUUAGCCCUUUGCUGAUGGAAAAUCUGAAAAAUGAUAUAGAAGAAUUUUAUAACCUUCCAUUGGAAGAGAAAAUGAAAUACAAAAUAAGACCAGACAGUGAUGUUGAAGGCUAUGGAACUGCCACCAGAUUAAGAGGAAAACUUGAUUGGGGAGAUAGAUUCUAUGUUGUAACAAAUCCUAUUCAUAGGAGAAAGCCUCACCUUCUUCCAGAGCUCCCUUCAUCCCUCAGGAAGAACUUGGAAAGUUAUAUAUUGGAACUGCAAAAGCUUGCCAAAAAGCUUCUUGGGCAUAUAGCAGAAGCUUUAAAGAUAGACGAAAAGGAAAUGGAGGAACUGUUUGAUGAUGGAAUGCAAUCAAUAAGGAUGACAUAUUAUCCUCCAUGUCCACAACCAGAGCUAGUUGUAGGGCUAACUCCUCAUUCAGAUGCAACUGGGAUUACAAUCCUCAACCAAGUUAAUGGAGUUGAUGGUCUUCAGAUUAAGAAAGAUGGGAGAUGGAGUCCUGUGACCUUCUUUCCAGAUUCACUUGUUGUGAACAUAGGAGACAUUCUUGAGAUUUUAAGCAACGGGAUCUACAAUAGCAUUGAGCAUAAGGUAUUAGUAAAUUCAGAAAAAGAAAGGGUUUCUGUUGCAUUUUUUGUCGACCCUAAAUUUGAGGCAGAGGUUGGACCUGCAACCAGUCUAAUUAACCCAAAUAAUCAACCAAUGUUCAAAAGGGUUGGGAUGGAACAAUGUUUCAAAGAUUUCUUUUCUCGCAAGCUCAGCGGAAAAUCAUUCGUGGAGCAUAUGAAGAUUACUGGUCCUGGAAAUUAA